AAAUGUGUGUGUGCUUUUCAGGGACCACUGCAAUUUAGAGAUGUGGCCAUAGAAUCAUCUCUGGAGGAGUGGCAUUGCCUGGACACUGUACAGUGGAAGUUGUAUACGAAUGUGAUGUUAGAGAACUAUGGAAAUAUGGUCUUUCUUGCUAUUGUUGUCUCUAAGCCAGACCUGAUCACUCAUCUGGAGCAAGGAAAAAAACCUUUGGCUCUGAAGAGACAUAAGAUGAUUGCCAACCCCCCAGUGAACUUCCUUCAUGUUCACAGUGAGAUCCAAAGUCCUUUUCAUGGUAUAUAAGAGACUGCACAAUCUGGCUGCUUUUCUACUGUUUUGGGGACACACAAUUAUCUGCAUGAUUUUGAUAAACUAUUUUUUAAGUUUUUUUCAUCAUGUCUGAAAUAUGUGAUAGUUUCUGUUGCAUUUUUGUUCAUUUUUUUGCACAAUCCAUUCGGUUUUUAUUACUAUACAGUCUUGAAAUACAGCUUGACAUUAUAAGUAUGAUAUCCUUCUGCUUUUUUUUUCCUCAAG